UGGUCAUAGAAAUCUUUGCACAACCCAAAUUAACAAAUUGAGAUGAUGAUGACAUGAGCCCUACUUAUUGAAGUUCUGAAAGAAUCAUUAUUAGUUGUCAAAGAACUUUUGUGUUGCCAUUGCCAUGGCUGUUUGGAGCUGUCUUGUCCCAGAAUGCUGCAGGUAUCAGCUGGAAACAAGCAAACAGUGCCAUAAACCCAGAAAGCCCACCAAAGAAGAGAAGCAGCAAAAUCCCUUCAACAGGCUGUCCCUAUCAGAUUUGAGCCACCCGAGCUCGACCACGUUGUCGGAGGACCUCUCCGUCUCCCUCGCCGGGUCUAACCUCUACGCGUUCACCCUGCAAGAGCUGAAGCUCAUCACGCAGAGCUUCUCAUCGAGCAACUUCCUUGGGGAGGGCGGGUUCGGGCCCGUACACAAGGGGUUCAUUGAUGACAGGCUCCGGCCUGGCCUCAGGGCCCAACCGGUGGCUGUCAAGCUCCUCGACUUGGAUGGGCUGCAAGGCCAUAGGGAGUGGCUGACGGAAGUGAUCUUUCUUGGGCAGCUGAGGCAUCCUCAUUUGGUGAAGCUGAUCGGAUACUGCUACGAGGAUGAGCACCGGCUGCUUGCGUACGAAUACAUGCCCAGAGGAAGCUUAGAAAACCAGCUGUUCAGAAGAUUUUCAGUGUCUCUACCUUGGGCAACAAGGAUGAAGAUCGCCUCGGGAGCAGCAAAGGGCCUUGCCUUCCUGCAUGAAGCAGAGAAGCCGGUCAUCUAUCGAGAUUUCAAAGCCUCAAACAUCUUGUUGGACUCUGAUUUCAGUGCUAAACUUUCUGACUUCGGGCUAGCGAAGGAUGGCCCUGAAGGUGAUGACACUCACGUCUCAACCAGAGUUAUGGGCACGCAGGGGUAUGCUGCUCCCGAAUACAUCAUGACCGGUCACUUAACAGCAAUGAGUGAUGUGUAUAGCUUCGGAGUCGUAUUGUUGGAGCUUCUAACCGGGAGGAAAUGCGUGGACAAGACCCGGCCACACCGUGAGCAGAAGCUUGCUGAAUGGGCAAGGCCCAUGUUAAAUGAUCGCCGGAAACUGGCCUGCAUAAUGGACCCAAGGCUGGAGGGGCAGUACUCCGAGUCUGGUGCCCGAAAGGUGGCUGCACUGGCAUACCAGUGCCUGAGCCACCGGCCCAAGCAGAGGCCCACAAUGAGCACUGUGGUCGAGACUCUCGAGCCUCUUCUGGAUUACAACGAUGUCUUUGCUGGCCCGUUUGUGUACAUAGUUCCAGAGGAUGAUCUCCGCAAGGCUAAGAAAAUUGGAGAAAAGCAGCGGGAGACGGAGAAAAGGACCAGCCCAAACCAUCACCGUAACCACAGUCAUCAUGUGAAAUCACCCAAUAGCCAUAGAAAUGGAGUGGUAACCUCUCCACGCCGUUGCGGAGAAAGAGGGUAGGAUUGAGGAUUUUUAGAGCAUAUACACUUGUAAAUACAGUUUGAUUAAAGGCUUGAUGAAGGGGAAGGAAAUGCUCUUCUGAAUGGAAACAUAGGUUCUUUUCCGAUUUUUCGGUUGUCUUCAUUUGUAUUCCGAUCAACUCAUCUAUUAAUUGAUUCUUUCAUGCUC